AUGAUACUUUUUUCUGUUUUUUCGAGCAUUGCUUUAGUCUCUAGUGUUAUGGUAAUACGUGCUAAAAAUCCAGUCCAUUCUGUUUUAUUUUUCAUCCUAGUUUUUUUCAACACUUCGGGUUUACUUGUUUUGUUAGGUCUUGACUUCUUUGCUAUGAUUUUUUUAGUGGUUUAUGUAGGAGCUAUUGCCGUUUUAUUUUUAUUUGUAGUUAUGAUGUUAAAUAUUAAAAUAGCAGAAAUUCACGAGAAUGUAUUGCGUUAUUUACCUGUAGGUGGUAUUAUUGGAGUUAUUUUUUUGUUGGAAAUUUUUUUCAUUGUAGAUAAUGAUUACAUUCCAAUAUUACCAACGAAAUUGAGUACAACUUAUUUAACAUAUACAGUUUAUGCUGAAAAGAUACAAAGUUGGACUAAUUUGGAAACAUUAGGCAAUUUACUUUAUACCACCUAUUUUGUUUUGUUUUUGGUUUCUAGUCUUAUUUUAUUAGUAGCCAUGAUUGGAGCUAUAGUACUUACUAUGCAUAAAACUACUCAAGUCAAAAGACAGGAUGUGUUCCGACAAAAUGCUAUAGAUUUUAAAAAUACUAUCAAAAAAAUCAGAGAUAUUUGA